GCCCUCGCGCUGUGCUGCUGCACGUCUGUGUGCGUGGAAGCAAGUACUGAAUCUGACACAGCUAAGCAACGAAGUCCAUUUCCACCUUUGAAAGGUGAUCCCCGGAUAACGCCAAAGCAGACAGUUGCUGCUAGGAACUGCCCAGCGGCGUCAAGUUCAGUCUCUGGGGAACGCAAGAAGGUAACUGUAUCCACUACAGCUAUUUUGAAGGAGGGUGCCCUACAGUACAGAAAGACAAUCAUCAGGUCAGUAAAGGAGGAUGUCACCGUUCCCGAUGGGUACAACUUUACAGUGGAAAAAAAUGUGGUUGUUGAGUGCGUGGGGAAAGACGGAGAUAAGAUCACUAAAGAAAAGUGUACGGUGGUAGACGGUGCAACGGCCACUAACAACAUUACCUAUAUUGCCACUGUGAAGUCCACUACGGCAGACCCCGCCGCUGUAAAUACACUCGCGGAAGAGGUGUCUGUAAUGAGUGUCCCAGAUGGGUACAAAAUGAGUAUUGACCACCAUGUUGCGGUUAAAUGCAUUCCUUUAACAGUGACUGGAUUAUCCCCCUCAUCUGCAGGGGUCGGGACCCCCGGCGGAGGAGACGAAGGAGUGCUUAACGACAGAGUAACUGAAGAUGUCUCUACCCAACUUCAGUCUUCAAUUAAGAACGAUACCGUCAAAGGAGAGGCAGAUCGACUUGCGUCACAGGCAAACGGCUUACAUCAACCACCGGGUUCUGCAUCGCAUGAUUCCAUUGCCAACAGUGGAAAGAUAAAUGGUGAACGCGCCAGUGAAGAAA